AUGCAGAAACAGAAGGCUUUGCAAAUACAAAAACUAAAGAACACACUUCCUUGGCUGGUUUAUUAUUGCAUUGCCUCGGUCAAUUUUGGGUACGAUUUUUACUGCCAAAUAGUAUCCAAUAUUCCUUCUACUGCUCUUAAUGAUGCAUCCUUUGUAUACUUGCAAGUCUCUAUAUUCGUGUGCUUUUCUAUAUACAUCCAGUCGCCUCCCUGCCUUCUGAAGCACAUGGCCCAGGCCAGCAACGAGCUAGUCAUUCGGGUGCUUAUGGCUGUGGGGGUGCUGGACUUAGUCAUGCUGACAAUUAUUCUGGCCUUCUACAAAAUGGACUACUCCUCUCCAAACUUGAUUAUUAUUGCGUUUCUUGUGCAGAUGGUGAUAUACUCGGAGUGCAUACUAAAGCUUGUUGUGCCCAAAAUAGACAGGUCGCCGGUGGAAAAUUAUAUAGAAAUAUUUUCGCUGCCGUCUUCCAUUGAAGACCACAUGGACUAUCCAACCUUCUCUACGCUGGCAUUUGGGUUUAUUUUCAUGCUUAUCACGCUGUCGACCAUGCUGGUCUUCGCAGCGGCAUUCCCCCUGAACACACCGUACCUUGUGUUUUUGUUUAAGUCGCUAUACUGCCUGGUUACAUUCUACUUUAUUUCGUAUGCGCUAAUUACGAUGUCUGUGCUGUGGUUCUACCUGAGGACAAACACGGGAAAGCAUAGAAUUAUAUUCACCAUUCUCAAGCUGCUAGCCAAAAACAUCGGAGUGGUCGCGUACAUGGCAAUCAUUAAAGUAGCAUGCCUAAGCCUUCAGUUGAUUUUCGCGCCCCUAAACAUCAGCUCAGUUGGGAGGGCGAUGGUAAGGACUUUAUCCCAAAAGUACUUUUCAAACCUUUUAUUCUAUAAGCGGCUGGAAAUAACCCCUAUUGUGAUACUCACCACUGCCCUGGAGAAGGAGCCGCACGAAGCCAUCGAGUUUAUAGAGAACUUGGAGAUAACUGGCGACUAUCCGUACAUAAACUCGUUUAGAUCGGUGAACUGUGUAAAAACACUUAAAACAACCACAAUAGGUGUUAUUCUUGCCCUAAUACUGCCCAUGUACAUGAUUUUGAGUCUGUGCUCCUUCUUUAUAGAGAACUUGGAAGGAUACAACAGGCUCCUCCUGAGUUUUUGCUGGGCCUCAUACGCCACAGGAAGUGUCUGGUACUUUUACUCUGAGUCUCUGCAUUACUCUGCUCUUCUUUCACGGAUUCAAGGAAACCCUAUUGGAAACCGAUGGGUGGACAUCCAUCUCAACUCCAUCUAA